AUGACUACUAGCACUUCUUACGAGGGAGUGAAUUCCGGAAUUCAAGUCGCACAAAACAUUGCUCCGAUCAAUGCAAACAAUACCAACGGAGGGCUACUCAAGGAUUCAUAUCGCUGGAUUCUCGACAACGAAGGAUUCAAAAAAUGGCAAGGCAGUGGGGGAGAUCGUCUCCUCUGGAUCAGAGGUGACCCUGGUAAAGGCAAGACGAUGCUGUUGUGCGGUAUCAUCGAAGAGUUGACAAGACUGAAUGGGAGCGCUGCGAAUCUCUCUUAUUUUUUUUGCCAAGCUACCGACAUUCGCAUCAACAAUGCCACAGCCGUCCUCCGUGGUUUGAUCUAUUUACUUGUCGAGAAGAAUCAAUGUCUUCUCUCCUAUGUGCGGGCUCGAUACGACAAAGCAGGCAAGGCCCUAUUUGAAGAUAUCAAUGCUUGGAGUGCACUGUCGACUAUCUUCACGGAUAUUCUAAAAGACCCAUCUUUGAACUAUGCCUAUUUUAUCGUUGAUGCCUUAUUGAGUGCACGAAUGAUUGUCUCUAGCCGCAAUUGGCCUGAAAUUAUUGAGCGUCUUGAUCUUGCAAACCAGUUGGCUCUAAUCUUGCUAGAGCUAAACAACAAAUCUGUGUCCGAAGCUGUGAAAAAUUUCAUCGAGCAUAAGGUUAAUACUUUAGCCAAGGUUAAGAAGUAUAAAGAGGAGGUUCGGAAAACGAUCUACCGCACUUUUCUUUGGGUAGCCUUAGUCUGUCAAAACCUUGAUCGAACACUAUCAAGGCAUGCUAUUAAGAAACUAGAAGCAUUCCCUCCUGAGCUAAAUCAUCUAUAUGGCCGAAUGAUUGAUCAGGAUCGCCAGUCGGAAGACGCCGAAUUUUGCAAAGAGAUACUGGCUAUUAUGUUAACAGUCUAUCGACCUAUCACGCUUAGCGAACUAACUUCACUUAUUAAAAUGCCAGAUAACGACCACGAUGACUAUGAAGCCCUCUCGGAGGUUAUCGCAGUUUGUGGCUUAUUCCUCACGAUACGAGACUAUACUAUUAUAUUCGUCUAUUGA